AUGGAGUUUUCAAAUCCUCUGCUCGUAGAGUAUCGAGACGAUCGCCGAAAGCUUCUCGAGUUUCUACUAUCGUCGGGCUCGAUCAAAGAAAUCAAAACUCCGGCUGGCCUCACUACCUCAAUUUCGAACAUCGAUUUCGAUUCUCUCAGUAUUGAUUACGUACUUGAAUGUAUUAAGUCCGGUGGUUUGCUUGAUGUUUCGCUAGCAUGGAAGGGAUGUUAUGAUGAAUCUUCACUUCCAGCCAUGGUGCACUUGCAAUCAGGAGAUAUUUUUUAUCUUCAUUCAGAUCCAGAGUUGGCUGGAUCUCCACCUAGGCGGGCGCCUCCAGUAGUCCAUUCCAUCCGAUCAAGUUAUCUGGCCAGUGAACAAGUACCUUUAUCUGGUCCUGAAAUUGGAGUGAACUGUCAAGUUAGCUCAUCUCCAAAUUUAAGUCCCACGCAUAAUUCAGAUAUUCUUACAGUAGGAUUACCAAUGCUGAGAACUGGAUUGGUGGAUGAUGAUUUGCGGGAAUUCGCUUACGAAGUAUUGCUUGCAUGUAUGCUGUUUUCAGGGUUUGAAAUUCACAUGAUUGAUGAUAAAAAGAGGGAGAAAAGUUCUAGAUUUCUUGCUGGUUUGAAAAACAAAAAGGAUAAACGACAUUUACAGUCCGAGUCUCCAGAUAGACAUUUGAAGGUUUUUGAAAUGAUUCGCUUACAAAUGCAGGUUUCAGAAUCGACAGAUAAACUUAUUAAGCGAAGGUUGACUCAGUUUACUUUAGGGGAGCCUUGGGGACAACUAGAUGUUCCACAACUCUCGUUGGUGCUGUUGACUGGCAUAUCAAAAUCCGAUUUUCCGAGUGAGAAAUCAUAUAUUCACUGGAAGAAUAGACAAGCAAAUAUUAUAGAAGAACUACUUUUUUCUGAUUAUAAGAAGACUGAAAAGCAGAUCAUUGAAACUUCACUUGCAAAAGUUCGAGACUCAAAGGAAUGGGAUGUGAAGAUGUCUCCUUCUGAACGCAGUGAAGUCCUAUUAACCAUCAGACAAGUUGCUCUGAUAUUCUCAUCAAUGCCUGCACGUUUUGGCAUUGAAGGAGAAACUUACUAUUGGACUACUGGUUAUCAUUUGAACAUUAGACUUUAUGAAAAGUUACUCUUUGGUGUAUUUGACAUUCUCGAGGAUGGACAGCUUGUAGAGGAAGCGGAUGAAAUUCUAAACUUCCUGAAGUUGACCUGGUCUAUGUUGGGUAUUACACUUAGACUGCAUCAUGCAUUAUUUGCGUGGGUGCUGUUUCAGCAGUUUACUGCAACAGAAGAGGUGACACUAUUGGACUAUGCAAUUCUUGAAGUUGAGAAAGUUCUAUCUGCUAAAGUUAGUGACGAGAAGGAAGUGGCUUACACGAAGAGUUUGCUAUGUUUCACUGGCCGUAAUGAAUGUGAAAUUAGAUUGAAUUUGCUGCAGUCUAUUUUUGGGUCUAUUAGCUCAUGGUGUGACAACAAAUUGCAGGAUUAUCACCUGCAUUUUAGUCAGAAACCUUUGUGUUUUGAGAGGGUGAUGACAAUGGGAUUGUCCGUUGGGGUUCAAGAUUUUGAUUCACAUGGAAAUAUCCAGUUUACAGAAUCUCACCCUUCUAAUGAAGUUGUUGCCGAAAAGGUUAGAAUGUAUGUUGAGACGUCUUUGGCUGCUGCAUGUGAGAGGGUCACUAAUACCACUAGUUUUGGGUCUACCAAAAAUAUGAUACAUCCUCUGUCUACACUUGCAAGUGAGCUGAGAUUGAUUGCUGAAAAGGCUCUCUCUAUAUUUUUCCCAGUUCUCUGUCAAUGGUAUCCCGAAUGUACUAUGGUCUCAGCCAAAAGACUGCACCAGUUUUAUGGUGAAAAGCUGAAACCUUUCCUCAAGGAUGUGACAUGCCUUACUGAGGAUGUGAAGAAAGUGCUUCCUGCAGCAGAUGCAUUGGAGCAUUGCCUUGUUAAGCUUUAUUCUUCUUCUUGUAAAGAAAAAGAGUUGCACUUUUUGUAUGGCCAAGAAUUUGACCAUUACCAGAUUGCCGAAAUUUCAAGGUCAAUAAUUCUUGACUGGGUAGUUGCUCAGCAUGAACGAAUCCUGGAAUGGACUGGACGUGCUUUUGACCUCGAGGACUGGGAACCUUUAUCUUCUCAGCAAAAACAAGCAGCUUCAGCAGUUGAAGUGUUCCGGAUCAUAGAGGAGACUGUUGAUCAAUUGUUUGAGAUGAGCCUUCCACUAGACAUCACACACUUGCAAGCUCUGCUGUCUAUAAUUUUCCACUGCUUGGAUGCCUAUUUGGUGAAAGUGGUUAGCCAGUUAGUUGACAAGCGAAAUCUGUAUCCUUCUACUCCUCCUUUGACUCGUUACAAGGAGACAACAUUUCCUAUUGUCAAGAAAAAGCUGACAGAGCAUAUGAUUCUUGACAACGAAAUAAAUAAGAAGUUGAAUGAAUUGACUACUCCCAAGCUAUGUAUCAGAUUGAACACUUUUCGAUACAUUCAAAAGCAAACAGCUGUACUUGAAGAUGGCAUUAGGAAGUCGUGGGAAUCUGUCAGAGUAUAUAAAAACAAUAGAUGCUCCACCGAGCAAACUACUGAGACAACGUUAGAAUUGGAUAACGAAUCAGUUGCUGAGCUUUUCGUUGCCACAUUGGAGUGCAUAAGGGAUUCUGCCGCUGAUGCUAUCAGACAGACUUGUGACUUUCUAGCCCUAGUUUUCUUCCUUCAGGCCCUCAAUACUAUAAGUGGUUUGAUUGAUGAUACGAUUAGAGAUCUCGUGGUGUUGAGCAUUUUUAAGGCAUCACUGGAAGGAUUUGUGUGGGUGUUGCUAGAUGGAGGCCCUUCACGUGCAUUUUCUGAUUCAGAUAUUUCAAUGAUAGAAGAAGAUCUUAACAUUUUAAAAGACUUAUUUGUAGCUGAUGGAGAGGGUCUUCCUCGUUCAUUGGUUCAGGAGGAAGCAAAAUUUUCUCAUCAAAUCCUGAGCCUAUUUUCCCUUCAGACUGAAUCUGUGAUCCAGAUGCUGAUAACAUCCAGCGAUCACAUUUCAGUGGGGGCCAAUGAUCGUAACUAUGGCCAGCGGCAUUUGGGAGAUGCUCACACUUUAAUACGAGUUUUAUGCCAUAAGAAAGAUAGAGAAGCCUCUAAGUUCUUAAAAAGACAUUAUCAGCUUCCUUCAUCUUCAGAGUAUGACGAGAAUCCGCAGGAGGAUUUCAGUGUGAGUUCACCUCUUGUAGCUGAUCUCAUAAAGCUCAGUACAUCAUUUCGUUGGUCCGAGAAAGGUCAUAGCAGCUUCAAAUCUAUAAAAAAGAGAUUCCAAGAAGCUACAUCUGAAAUAAAACAUGUAGCUUGGUGA